AUGGCAAGCCACCAUACUGAACCACAAAGCAAGAGGCCCAAAUACGGAGAUGUUCCACUACGGUGUCUAUGCUGUAAAAGAAACUUCAAGGGGCAAUAUAGCAACAAACAAGGGAAGCUUACUUCAUCAGGUCUUUCACAACAUCUUAGGUCAACCGCAAAACCAGGUUUUAAGAAGGACCCCUGCUUUGCCCGGGCUUAUAGAAAUGAAGUCUGCAAGUCUGUUGAUGAGAUUGACUUUAAAGACUCCCGUGUGUUCCAAGCUAAUCACCAUGUCAACCCCCUUCUAGUUGGGGAUUCUGUAAGCGAUAUCACUAGCCCUACUGAUAUUAUGCCAGGCUUUGAACCUGACGGUGGAUCAGAAGAAGACACUGCUGCCAUGGAAGAAGAAAAGGACGAGACAGAAAAGAAGAAGGGGUCAUUUGGAAUGCUUCGGGAAGCCACUCUGUUGGCUGAUUUUCAGGAGUUUGUUUCAAAGACUCUUUUUGCCCAUUAUUCUGCUCCAGAAAGCAAGCUUAGCAACCAACAAAUCAACAGCCAGACAUGCCCAUCUAAACUUCCACCUCAAGUAUCUCAGGAAGGGCUGAGGAAUUACAUCCACUCCCGUCUCAACGACAAUUUGGAUCCUAGUUUUCAAACAGAAGACGAUGGAGAAUCUGUCAACUUUGAGUAUGAUGAUGACCAUGAGGAGGAGGAAUCCGCAGAACUUUCCAUAGAGUCAGAAGCAAGGAACAAUCCAAGUGGGUCCUUUGUAAUGGAUCUUGAUGUAGGAUCCCAGUAUGGGGCUAACUACCUUCCUAAUGAUAUUACAUUGCCAACUAUUAAUUUUGCAGUUGAUGAUCCACAUGCCCCCCAACCACCUCUUCACAACAUCCGCAAUCCUGAUUCUUCCAACUACCUAUUGGACCGACUGAAACAAGAAGAGUACAACCGGUAA